AUGCCUUACACACCUCCAGCUCAGCUUUCCCCUGCAGCUUCGAAACAACCUAGUCCUACCCCGAGCCGGUCUCAUUCCUACAUCAAGGGCCAAUUCCUCUCUCCAGAGCUGCUGGCUUCGUCUGGUCGACCAAGUCUCCCCCGUUCAAGCGGGUCAUCGUCUUACCUUACCAAACACCGUCGGAGUCCCUCGUUAAACGAGGUCAAGAAUGACAUCGUUUAUAACGGAGAGGCCUUUCAAGAAAACGGGACCUUUGACCCUCACGGUAGCCUCCGCAAGUCGCCUCCGCCUGUGAGCAAUGCGUUGAUACCCGCAGGAAUGACCAUCUCUCCUCCCGAAUCCUCCCACAACUCCAGCGACGAUGAAGAACCAGAACGAGGGCGGCCGAGGAAUCUGGAACUGGAAAACCUCGAAGCGUUACAUGCAGCCAUCCGAUCAAUAGAACAACGAAAGGAAGGCUCGCCUAAUCGAGGCCACAACGACGAUCGUACACCUGUGAAGGCCGACUCGGUAACCUUUGCAAGCGAACAGCAAGCUCAGCCGCAAGCUUCGGAUAUGCAGCGGCCUCCUCUGUCGCAGGAGGCCAGGAAGAUCUCACACUCUCGAUCAUCCACCGAAUCCAGCAUCGUCUUCGAACCACCCGCUGCCCCGACACUCGCUCCUCUUGAAGCACAACCCGUCCUUGAUGAAAGUGACAGUGAUGGUCCUCCUACCGAUCGCCCUCCAAUGGUUCGAAAGAAAUCCGGCGAACUGGUUCGCCCAGCUCUACGACCAUCUUCCCGGAGGCGCCCGUCGAGCAUGCCAGGGACGCCCACGUACUCCAAGGCUGUCCACUUCGACUCACACCUGGAGCACGUCAGACAUUUUCUCCAGGUCGAUAGACCGCUGGCCGUCAGCGCCGGUUCCUCGCCUGUGGAGAAUUAUGAAAGUGAAAACGAGUUUCCGUUUGGAUCCGAUGAGGGCAGUGCCCGGCCACGUGGUUCUCCGUUCGAAUGGGAGCUGCGACUCGCAAACUUCCCUGCAGACUUGGAAGCCAGAAAAUCACGACCUGUCUUCGUGGAGAGGGUGUUCCUCUCCUCUGACCACAAGAACCUUGUCGGCACUGUUGCCGUGCAGAACUUGGCGUUCAAUAAACUCGUCAUUGCUCGAUUCACCUUUGACUACUGGAAGACCACGUCGGAGGUCGUAGCCGAUUACAACAACGAUGUGCGGCGCAAGAACAACCCUGACGGCCUUGAUCGGUUCAACUUCACCAUCAGACUUGCCGAUCAAGCCAACCUUGAAAACAAGACCCUUUUCUUUUGUGUCCGCUACACGGUCAAUGGUCAGGAUUAUUGGGACAAUAACGACAGCUUCAAUUACCAAGUGGACUUUGCAAAGAAGCCAAAGGUUCAACCCAGCAAAAAGAGUAUGCCGGGACUUGGCGAGCGGCCCGUUAGUGCCUUGCCGCGUAGUCGACCAUCGCCACCUACCUCUUCUGGCCGGCCAAAGUCAUUGCCUACCUCGUUUGACGACUUCUCAACUGGGUUUGAGAGCUUUUCAAGUUCUGGCCAGUCCGUCGGCUUCCUGAUGGGCGAGCCAAAGCUCAAACUCAGGAGCCCGAGGUCACAGGCCGAACUCGUGUCAGAUUCUCCAUCUCGCCGCAAACAAGGUGGAGGCAAUGCGUUUGGCAACAGAUAUGACUUCAAUUCGUCACUGACGGCUGCCAAGAACAACGCCUUCGCUGUCUUGGGCGAUCAAUCUGGCUUCCCUUCCAGGGCAGAUACAAAGCAGUCUUCCCACGAAGUUCCUGCGGCCACUCCUGCGAAGAGCGUAGCCAUUGCUCCUCCCAAACAUGACGUUGGCGUCAAUGGUUCGGCAGCCGGGGCUUCUUCUGUCGCUCCCGCUGCUCCCAUGACAUUCAUGCCCGCUGCUUUGGUGUCAGAAAAGCCACCCCUCACCUCUCAGUCCUACCAGGAACUAGUGGACAAGUACUGCUUUGUAGGUGCCCAAGGAAGUAGCGAGGAAGUCAAGACACAUUGA